ACGCGCGUCGAACCGCUGUCGUGGUACCCGCGCGCGUUCGCGCUGCGAGACGCGCUGACGGAGGCGCAGUGCGAGGCGGUGCUGCGGGCGACGCGCGCGCGGGUCCGGCGAAGCACCGUCGUCGACAGCGUCACGGGCGAGUCGAAAGUCGAUCCGAUUCGCACGUCGAAGCAGACGUUUUUAAAUCGCGACGAGGAGGUGGUGCGAGAGAUAUACGACGCGCUGAGCGCGGUGACGAUGCUGCCCUGGACGCACAACGAGGACAUGCAAGUGUUGGAAUACCGGGUGGGGGAAAAGUACGACGCGCACGAAGACGUGGGCGCGGAGGAUUCGCUGAGCGGGAGAGAGUUGUCGAAAGACGGCGGUAAACGCGUGGCGACGGUGUUGUUGUACUUGGAAGAACCCGAGGCGGGGGGAGAGACGGCGUUUCCCGAUAGCGAGUGGAUCGAUCCGAAGAUGGCGGAGGGGACGAGUUGGUCGAAGUGCGCGGAGCAUCGCGUGGCGAUGAAACCGCGCCGAGGCGACGGCUUAAUAUUUUGGUCCGUGGACCCGAACGGGAAGAUUGAUCACCGCGCGUUGCAUGUCGGUUGUCCCGUCGUUGCGGGGGUGAAGUGGACCGCCACCGUGUGGGUGCACGCCGAGCCGUACCGCUGGCAGAAACCGCCCGAGGCGAGCGCGACGCCCGGAUGCGAAGACGCGCACGACCAGUGUCGCGGCUGGGCCAACACGGGCGAAUGCGACAAGAACCCGGGGUUCAUGCUC